AUGGUGCGCCGAGCAGUCGCAAUCCCCAAGGCGGCGAAGAACGCCUUAGUGCCGCCUGCCCAACGGAAACAGGUCUUCCUACCUGAAUUCGUCAUCGCCCUCGUCCGAACACCUUUCCUUUCCUCCCGCUAUGCCCAAUUCCGCGUCCCUCUGAACUUCAACAAGCUCGAUCUCCGCGAUUAUCUCCAGAACCUGUACGGCGUUGGCGUGGUCAGCGUCCGAAGCUACGUCGAGCAGCAGCCCAUCACCCGUAUUACACGGGAUGGACGCAACAUUGGUCAAUGGCGGCGGCCGCUAGCGCAGAAGCGAAUGACCGUUGAACUGCGCGAGCCAUUCGUGUACCCCGAGCAGCCCAAGGAUCUCAGCCCAUGGGAGAAGAGCUCUUGGGAUGCCAGCGAAAAGUGGCAAAACAAGAUGCAGAAGAAGUCGCAGGAUGGACCUCACAAGGCCGAGGAACCUGACUAUGAUUUGCGCAAGGCAUUCGAGAAGCAGGCUAAGGAGAUUAAGAAGAAUCCCGAGGAGUGGCGGCCAUCUUCGAAGGUAUUGGGUUCGGACUUUGCGCACAAGGGAUUCGCUAGGACAGGGAAGGCUCCGGCGCCGCCUAAGUGGAUGUCGAAGUCGUGA